AUGACCGGUACCAGUGCUUUGGAUCUCCUUCUGAUGACCGAAAGUGAGGCACAACAGCUUCGGAAAAAGCCCUCGACAGAACGGUUGGCUUCAGCUAGUAGUUUACAGUUCCAAGGACAGCCAGGUCCUUCUUCCUCCUCCUCCUCUAUGCAAACCUGUCAUCCAUCGCCGCCCCCUUCAAGCUCAGCAGCACAGGGUGUCGAAGGCCAGGCCAGCCCGGAGGAGGCGGGUCCGUCGACCUCUAUGAUGCGGCAUCUGUCACGCGAACGCAUCCCCUCAGAGACAGUGUCUGGUGCCACAACUUCUUCCGGUUUAGCACUGAGUCGCGAGCAUCCACCAACACCGGACGUCACAGAUGUUACUGCUACUGCUGGUGCUGUUUUCCCUCCAGAGCAUAUUUCUCAAUCUGGUUUUCGACCCUCGGAAGCAGCCAAGUGCCGGAAGGUUUAUGGAGCUAUAAACAAGAGUAAGUGGUGCAAGCAAUGCCGUUGGAAGAAGGCAUGCAGCCGUUUCCAGGGUCCACCAAGGAGCCCCUAG